UUAACUGCGAAAGCCUUCAUCUUUCAAGCCGGGAAGGGUCAUCGAGGCCGCAGACUCACUCCCCUUGCAGGCGGCCAGACGGUUUCAGCGGCGGGACCAAAGAAGAAGCCCAGCCCAGGGCCCUGCGGCCGCGUUGGCAUCUCUGGCUACAUGAUAUACCAUGUUGUCUUGUGAUAUUUGUGGUGAAACAGUAACCUCACACCUGGACAUGAAGUCUCAUCUCCUGAUUGUUCACAUGGAAAAUGAAGUUAUUUGCCCAUUUUGCAAGUUGUCAGGUGUAAAUUAUGAUGAAGUGUGUUUUCAUAUUGAAACUGCUCAUUUCGAGCAAAACGAACUAGAAAGAAACUUUGAGAAGAUCAAUGAAAUGCAACAUGGGACUUCUGGUAACAGAAAGGAUAACACCCAACAGUGCAGAAUGGACGUUAAUUCAAGUAUGCCUUCAGCUUGUGCGUCUAAUCCAAAAAUUUCAGCUCAAAGCCUGCCUGAGGACGGUACUUUAAAACAUAAAACCUUUUAUUCAGAGAACUUGACUGAACCUAGAAAACUGAAAAGUAAGGAAAAACAAUGUGACCUAUCCCAGGUAAAAGGGUCAGUUUAUGACACAAUGUAUAGUCCGCCCGAAUGUCCAUUCUGUGGGAAAACAGCAGAUUGUACUCAAGAUAUGGAAACUCAUGUGAAGACAGAGCAUGCCAGUUUUUUGGACACUGCAGUGGAAGACUGUGACCAGCCACUGUAUGACUGUCCUAUGUGUGGGCUCAUCUGUACAAAUUACCAUAUUCUCCAGGAACAUGUUGACUUGCAUUUGGAAGAAAGCAACUUUAGACAAGGCAUGGAGAGAGUCCAGUGUUCUAGAGAUCUGGAACUGGCUCACCACCUGCAACAAGAAGAAGACCAGAAGAGGAGAUCUGAAGAAUCAAUACAAGAAAGGGACGAAUUUCGGAAGCUGCAGAGACAAUAUGGUUUAGACAAUUCUGGAGGGUACAAGCAACAGCAACUCCAAAGUAUGGAGAGAGAAGUGAACAGGGGAAGAAUGCCCCCAUCUGAAUUUCACAGGCGGAAAGCCGACAUGAUGGAAUCACUAGCUGUUGGUAUUGAUGAUGGAAAAACAAGAACUUCUGCCUCAUCAGUCUGUCAUCAACCUGGCUGUCAUCAGUCUGUUCUCUGUAUCUCUGAGUCUGGAAUUGUUGAAGCACUUUAUAGGUAUUAUCAGAAUGCUGCCCCAGAUGUGAGGCGUGUGUGGCUUUCUACAGUGUUGGAUCACUUUCAUUCAUCUUUUGGUGACAAAGGCUGGGGUUGCGGUUACAGGAAUUUCCAGAUGCUCCUGUCAUCAUUGUUACAAAAUGAUGCUUAUGAUGAUUGCCUGAAAGGUAUGUCAAUUCCUUGUAUUCCAAAAAUUCAGUCUAUGAUUGAAGAUGCGUGGAGGGAAGGUUUCGAUCCUCAGGGUGCCUCUCAACUCAAUAACAAGUUACAGGGAACGAAGGCCUGGAUCGGAGCGUGUGAAAUAUAUACCCUUCUGACCUCCCUAAGGGUAAAGUGCCGUAUUGUGGAUUUUCACAAGUCAACUGGUCCUUUGGGUACACACCCUCGUUUAUUUGAAUGGAUAUUGAACUAUUAUUCUUCAGAGAGGGAAGGGGGUCCAAAAGUAGUUUGUACAUCUAAACCUCCUAUCUAUCUUCAGCAUCAAGGUCAUAGUCGAACAGUUAUUGGAAUUGAAGAGAGAAAAAACCGGACAUUAUGUCUACUGAUAUUUGAUCCUGGGUGUCCUUCUCGAGAAAUGCAGAAACUACUAAAGCAAGACAUGGAGGCUGGCGGUGUCAGGCAACUCCGGAAAUUUGUGGGAAAUUUAAAGCAUAAACAAUACCAGAUAGUGGCAGUAGAGGGUGUUCUUACUGCAGAGGAGAAAAUUGCCAGGAGACAAGCAUCUCAAGUCUUUACAGCUGAGAAGAUUCCUUGAAGAAUUAAGCAUUUCAGUGAUUGUGGAAUUUUAUUUUGCAAAUUCAAAUAUUAAAGUCCUUAAUAAAACUUACGAA